AUUGUCUCUGUGUUCAUUAUGGGGCUGGCACAGUGCAUUCAGCACCCUAGGGAGUGCCUGGUUGUCUUGCUUCUUGGUUUUUCAAUGAUCUUGGGACAGAAAAUAGUCCUCAGGGAUCCUGUAGCAACAUUGAACAAGUGCCAAGUUAAUGAGAAGAUUCCCUGUGGUACCCUAGACAUUGGCCCUUCCAGCUGUGAAGCUAUUAACUGUUGCUUUGAUGGGCAGCAGUGUUAUUAUGGGAAUGCUGUGACUGUGCAGUGCACUAUGGAUGGUCAGUUUGUGGUUGUGGUGGCCAAGGAAUCUACUGUGCCACAGCUAGACCUAGCUUCCAUUUCCCUCUUGGAAGGGAAAGAAGCACCUUGCAGUCCAGUAGCCACCACUGAUAACUUUGCCAUCUACAACUUCCCAGUGAUGGCCUGUGGUACCAUCUCAAAGGUGGAAGGGGACUAUCUCAUGUAUGAGAACAUGAUAACUUCUUCAUAUGAAGUUGGGAUUGGAUCCUUGGGUUCUAUCACACGAGACAGUAUCUUUGAGCUGUACUUCCAGUGCCGAUACUUGGCUUAUGAUGUUCCAGCCCUGAUGGCUGACGUGUACACCAUUGCCCCACCACCUCCUGUAGCUGCUGCUGGGCCACUGAGAGUAGAGCUGAGACUGGCAAAUGGCCAGUGCAAUACGAAAGGCUGCAAUAAAGAGGUCUCUGCCUACUCCUCCUACUAUCAGGAUAGUGACUAUCCAGUUACCAAGGUGCUGCGGCAGCCUGUAUAUGUUGAGGUGCGCAUCCUGGACAGGACUGACCCCAAUAUUGUCCUGCUUCUGGAGAACUGUUGGGCGACAUCAACCCCCGAUCCGCUUGGCGUACCUCAAUGGAACCUGCUAGUUAAUGGGUGCCCCUACCAGGGUGACAAGUACCUGACUACCUUGGUUCCAGUGGAUAGUUCCUCUGGGCUCUCCUUUCCAACUCACUACAAGAGGUUCAUCUUCAAGAUGUUCACAUUUGUGGAUCCUGCCUCUCUGCACCAUCUGGAGCAGAAGGUGUUCAUCCACUGCAGUACAGCUGUAUGCCAUCCUUCUGCUAGUGCUAGCUGUGAGCCGAGGUGUUCUCGGAAGGGAAGGGAUACUUCAGCAGUAAAGGAGGACUCUUCCAAAACAAAGGCUCUGGUUUCCAGUCAAGAAGUGAUCCUUAUAGCCCCCACAACUCCUGGCUUUAGAUAUGAAGCUACUAGAAGGAAGCACUGACCUUGCUCCAUGAAGGAGCACCAUGGGUUCUUGAUCUGUGUAUACAAGAUUUUCAUGUAAAAGGCAUUAAACA